AAAAGAACUAAGAAUCUAAUAUAAAUAUUUUUGUGGCUAGUUCACGCGGGAGAAGUUGGUAAAAGCUUGUUUCGCCAGUGAAUAAUCGUACAGAUGUUGAAAAAUUAAAUACACAAUAGAGGCGUUGUAACAUGUAGCAAAAUGACUGUCCAGUGAGAAAACUCAUCAUGACUCAUAAUGGCAGUUGUAUUUAUUGGUUAUUUACUCUAGUCCUGUAUCAUGUAGCAGCACCCGACAGGACAUUUUCAUCGAAAACAGUGACAAGCGUACAAACAGCUGGGAAGGUGGCACAGAAACCGAAGGCAGCACGCGCUCGCUGCUUCCAGCACUGGAGCGUCGGUGGCGCACCAAUUAGAGGACCGUUCGCUACCAAACCGAAUGCCUUCAAGUACACCGCCAUUAUACAGACUGGAGCAGUUCGGUGCUCGGGGGUGGUCAUCGCUUCGAAGUGGGUGCUCUCUUCCACCCAGUGUUUCGUCGAAGAGGACGUUUCAGGCGUGCAGAUUUCCCCAAAGAAGCGUGCCUCCAAGUGGCCUGACCUCAACAUGUCUGCCUCUGACACCCAAGAAGGAGACUCCAGCCGCAGGGACCUGGUUCAACUACCUGUCGUAGCCAACACGAACUUUUUAGGGUUGGCGUUUGCUGGUGGGAUUAAUUACAACGACGAGGCCGAUUUGGAGGCAGAAGGCGUGCAGCAGCGGCGCCUGGAGCGGCUGCUGGUCUACACGGAGACCCACACGGACGAGGAGCUGCGCACGCACGACGUCAUGCUGGCCAAGAUCGGCCCCACCGGCUUCCAGUUCGACGACUUCGUGGAGCCCAUCCACUUCACCGACCAGCGGCGUUUCACCAUGGCGUAUCCAACAACGUGCAUCGUUAUCGGCUUCGGUGGGGACAAUACCGAGGCGAUAUCAACGGUCAGCCUGUCGGAGAAGUGCGUCGAUAAGACCGGAGCUGACAACAUCAUCUGCGUCGAUGAGUUCGGGUGGCCGUGCAUGGGCGACGCCGGAGCGCCGCUCGUGUGCCGGAACCUGCUGGUCGGCACCCUUCGGAAGGAGGGCCUGCUGCCCAACGACAGGUGCGAGGCAGACACCGUGCACACCGUCAACAACUUCACCUUCGUCGGCUACUACCGCGACUGGAUCGUCGAGCACGUGCCCGUCAGGUUCGGCGUGUGGCGCAGCCGCCCCAGGCAUUCCGACGCCUCGACCACGGCUGGAAACCGCGGAGCCUCCUGCGCCUUGGCGAUAUUACUAGACAUCUGGAUGUUCGUGCACCCCAAAUAAAUCCACGUAACCGUUUAUGGAACGGCACCUCUUACGUGUAGUUUGUAACCUUCAAAAGUACACAGUUAUAAAAUUUUGGGUUCAGGUUGAUGUUCCUGUAUAUAAGGGGCACUCACCUGAAGACGAGACAGUCGGUGCAGAACGUAGGUAAACUGUAUAUUAAUUCAAAGUAAUCGCCACAACUCCUUAUCCCGCUCUGAGACAAGAUGGUCAAUGCCUCCAUUUUAAAAUGUCCACGGUUGCCUGCAGAACAAUAAUUGUACCCAAGAUGUACCUCUUGGUCCGCAGCAAAGCGACGGCCACAAAUUUCUUGCUUCGAGGCUCCAAAAAUAUAGAAAUCGACAGGAGAGAGAUCGAGAUUGAAUGGAAGAUGUGUCAGGGCCUGCCCACAUGUUUCAUGUAGACAGGGCUUCACAGCAAAACUUCUGCAGUGUCUCUGAAACAGUCUCGGCAGCAGAUCCCCCUUCCACCGCCAACCUCUCCCAUGUUUUUAGAGCCUUGAAUAGACAUUCGUGGUCGUUAAUUUGUAUCGAAAGAAGAAAUGAAUGCUCGAGCACAAUGAUGGUUCCAUAGGCAACUGCAAAAGUCAUUAAAUCAACGUAGAGACCAUCUUCUGACACUUCGGGAUAAAUGUAUCAACAGCUCUGGCGAUUACUUUUGAAACAAUAAAGUGUUUACUUAUGCUUUUACGUUACCUCUUUUUCUUUUGGCUACCCCUUAUAACUGAGGUCAAAAUACAUACUAAAAUG